UGUGCUUAGAACAUGGCUGCAGUUGUCCCCAUGGCCACCACCAUCAUCACCAUCCUGGUGAGUUUACCGUGGCCCUCAGACCCGCUGCCAGCCUGUGGGCUCAGAAACUAGACCGGGCAGGGCACUCAGGGGUCCUUCCUUUGGGAGCUGACUCGAAGGAAGCAGGCUUAACAGCUAAAAUGUAUACUUCAGUGAGUGCUGUGGCUGGCAUGGCGGCCAGGAUUCUCAGAUCCGCAAGACUAGGUCAUUCUCUCCCUGUAGGCAGAACUAUGUGGGAGCCAAAUUAUAAUCAGGAGGUUGUGAGCAAAGAGUUGGAGCGAAGUCACUGAAUCUAAUGAUUGCUUGCUCUAGGCCAGGCUGGAUGCUUAAUGUUGAGCUUUCCAUCAUGAGUAAGACAGGCCAGCCCAGGGGAAUGGGGCUGAGAUUCAGUGAUGGGUCCAUUUUUCACUGGAAAGAUGCCUUGUCACUGGUUCUAUGCUACCCCAACCCUGCGGGUCCAGACUCCCACCACUCUGCGGGAAGGCUUGAUUAUUUGAAUAUAUUUUGCUCUAUAAGGAUGGAGUGAUGUUUCAGAUUGAACAAGCCACCAAGCAGUGCUCCAAGAUCACCCUGACGGAGCCCUGGGACCCUCUAGACAUUCCUCAGAACGCCACGUUUGAGGACCAGUACUCCAUCGGGGGGCCCCAGGAGCAGAUCACUGUCCAAGAGUGGUCCGACAGAAAGUCAGCUAGAUCGUAUGAAACCUGGAUUGGCAUUUAUACCGUCAAGGAUUGUUACCCUGUCCAGGAAACCUUCACCAAAAAUUACAGUGUGAUAUUGUCCACGCGGUUUUUCGACAUACAGCUGGGCAUUAAAGACCCCUCGGUGUUUAUCCCUCCGAGCACCUGCCAGACAGCCCAGCCGGAGAGGAUGAGCGAGGACUGCUCCUGGUAACCCCGUGAGCGCCCCAGUGGUGGCAUCGGACGUCAUCCCCAGCUUGAAAGGGAUUCGAGGCUUUUGAGAAGCGAGAACCUUCACCGGAGAGAACUAGCGCGACUGUAGGAAGAUAAACACUGAUCUGGGGCUCUUCGUAUAUGGGAUUUUGACGACUCAAGCUGUGUUUACGAAAGGGCAGAGCAUUUGUGCAGCCCGUGUUGGGAGCUGUGUUUUCUGCACCCGCAGGUGGAUCUGGGCGCAGGGGCAGAUGUGAGCGAGGGGGGCGGGAGCAGCUUGCCUUGGCCGGGAGGAGGGUUCCGUCACUGACCUUACCGAGAAUGGCUGGAUUGCUGCCAAGUGAUGAUAAUAAAAGGCAGAACGGCUUUGGUCCGUUUUGUGGUAAAGUUUUACAUUCUCUCCAGAUGAUGGCCCAAUAUUGCCGGCACCGGGGGGGUGGGGGGCGACCUCUCCCUUAGCCACUGACAAAGUGAUUCUUUAAGAUCCCUCCCAGGCUUAAGAGCUUUAUGGCAUGACCCGAUUGGUGUAAAUUUUGCAAGGAAAUGAAAGGCUUUAAUACAAAGUAAUUAUUCGUAAAAGAGACAUUUUAAACGAGAGGGUCUGAGAAUCUUAAUGUCUCACCUGAGUAAGCACGAGCCACGUAUGCGUCCUCUUCUCUAUGCAAGACUAUUGCUGUGUGCCGAAUCCUCACCUAUUUGUCAGGAGACCUAGAAAUACAGAUCGAUUCUAAAAAUAGCAUUGUGCUGGGAGUCAGGAGACUGUUGUCUUCAGAAUCCAGGACUGGAAUUCCUCUGUACUUGAAUGCCUUUGAUGCACUAAAUGCACUAUGCUUUCCCCCACUCGAGCCCUCCUGGGGCAGUUUUGCAACCCCUUUAUCUAUGUGACUUCUGCUCGUCCUUCCCAGGUCUGCUCACACUUGACCUUCUGUGAGCUGCUCCCAGGCCGGCCCGGGUUGGGGGCACUCUGUAGCCUGAGCAUGCUGUCCUCGCCAUACUUAUUAGGCUGUGUGCUAAUUUCCUGCUUCCUGGAUGCUGUCGCCCACGAGCCUGGCCAUGAGCAACUUGAGUACGGGUACCACGUUCUGUUUACUUUUAUAUGCCCAGCGCCAAGUAAGUGCCUGGCACGUGCUCAGUGCCCCAAGCAUUUGCAGAGUGGAGAAUGCCAGUCUCUCCGGUCAUGAGUUGCCUCAUUUGUUCAAGGGUUGGGUUUGCUGAUCUCUAGGGAGACUCUUGGUGAUAAAAUUUAUUAUUCUAGAUUCUUCUACUAUUGUGUUUCAUCUGGCUAUCAUCUAUGACUAGGAGAAAUGUAUGACCUGUAUAUCACGCGGAAAACAAUCUGUAUGACUCACAGUUUAUUUCAAUAAACACGUUUAAUUGCA